GUUACUAUGGUGAUUUUCAAUCAUGCGGACAUGCACUGUCAUACGGAGGUUUCAUGGCUGCACCUGUAGGGGAGGAAACAGACACCAGAUGUACAAUAAAGUAUCAUGCAACAUGCAAGGUGCAAUGUUCUUACCAACCAUACAUAAAACUGUACAACACGAUAAUUGUGUGUCCUGUAUGUUCACGAUACUUGUGUGUCCUGUAUGUACACGAUACUUGUGUGUCCUGUAUGUAAACGAUACUUGUGUGUCCUGUAUGUUCACCAUACCUGUGUGUCAUGUACCUUCACGAUACUUGUGUGUCCUGUAUGUACACGAUACUUGUGUGUCCUGUAUGUUCACCAUACCUGUGUGUCAUGUACCUUCACAAUACUUGUGUGUUUACUGUCCUGUAUGUACACGAUACUUGUGUGUCCUGUAUGUUCACCAUACCUGUGUGUCAUGUACCUUCACAAUACUUGUGUGUUUACUGUCCUGUAUGUACACGAUACUUGUGUGUCCUGUAUGUUCACCAUACCUGUGUGUCAUGUACCUUCACAAUACUUGUGUGUUUACUGUCCUGUAUGUACACGAUACUUGUGUGUCCUGUAUGUUCACCAUACCUGUGUGUCAUGUACCUUCACAAUACUUGUGUGUUUACUGUCCUGUAUGUACACGAUACUUGUGUGUCCUGUAUGUUCACCAUACCUGUGUGUCAUAUACCUUCACGAUACUUGUGUGCCUAAUGUAUGUACUUGUCCCGUAUGUAAAUGAUACUUGUGUCCUGUGUCUAUGUGAUGUAUGUAUUAUGUACUCAUCUACAACAAUAGCUUACAGUGGAAGGUUGCUUAAAGCUCGACUUAUAAAGUUAAGGAUAUCAAAUUUCUCUCUGGCCUGCAUUCUUAUUUUGAACAAGAGGCCCAGAGGGCCUGUAUCGCUCACCUGAAUAUGUUUAAAAUAAUUGAUAUGAAGUAAAGAUAUAG